UUUUUAUGUAUAGGAAUCGUCGUAAAGCAGUCCUUUCAGUUAUUAACUAUCUUUUCAAUGGCGAAAUUUGAGAAAAACAAAGUAAAAACAAUUUUAUAAUAUACUAAAUGAAAGACUGAGGAGUAGAAAUCCGCUUGCGUACGAAAAAGGUAGUAGAAUAUAACAAUUCAGAAUAUAUUGUAGCUUGUCAUAAAAAACCAAAAACACAAAAAAGAAAAUUAUUAUGCUACAAGAGGAAAUUGGCAUGGCUCAUUUACCGAGAAUCCAUUUGCUUUCCAGUAAUCAAGACCCUGCAAAUCAUAUUUUUUCCACAGUUCUUUCAGGGCAGUUACAAAGUGGUUUAAAAUAGCCUCAUCGUUAUGUAAAGGAGUAGGCGUUACUCUCAAACGCUCUGUUCCCUUUGCAACAGUAGGAUAAUUAAUGUGAUGAAGAUAAAUGUUAUAAUCCGUAAUAAGAUCCCUGCUAAUUAAUCUUCCGUACUCUGGAUGUCCAACCAUAAUAGGGACGAUAUGAGAUUGGUUGGAAAGGAAAGGAAUUCCAGAAUCAGUUAAAGCAUCUUUUAGCUUACGGACGGCAGAUUUUUGAAGAGCUCUUUCCUUGUUUGAAGUCUUUAGAUACUCAACAGACGUCAAGGCAGCGGCGAUAUCAUGGGGAGGAAGACUAGAAGUGUAAAUGAACCCAGGACAAAAAGAACGUAUGAAAUCCACAAAAGCAAAAGAUCCUACAGCAUAUCCACCUGUCGCUGAAUAAGAUUUUGCCAAAGAACCAGUAAUAAUAUCUACCUGAUCUGAAACGUUCAGAGCAGCAGCGACGCCAGCGCCUUGCUCUCCAUACAUUCCAACGGCGUGAACUUCAUCAAGAUAUGUUAGCGCACCGUAUUGCUUUGCCAACUUGCAUAUAGAUUCAAUAGGAGCGAUAUCACCAUUCAUACUGUAGAUGGACUCAAAGGCAAUAAUUUUGGGACUGGUUUUGGGGUAUUUCGCUAGCUUAGCUUCCAAAUCCUGAAGAUCAUUGUGUUUAAAAAUAACCUUGGCGGCUUUCCCAUUUCGAAUUCCUUGGAUCAUAGAUGCGUGAUUUAGUGCAUCACUAAAGAAGAUACAACCCGGAAGCUUUUGAGCUAAGGUAGCGAGUGUAGUGUCGUUGGCAACAUAACCGCUGUUAAAAACAAGACAAGCUUCCUUUUGGUGGAGUUUCGCCAAAGAAUUCUCCAAGUCGACAAAUACUUGAUUGUGUCCGGCAAUAUUUCUAGAGCCAGUUGAUGAAACACCGUACCGAUCGACAAAAGAGUGAAUAGCAUUAGAAAUUUCUUUGUUCAUUCGCAUUCCCAAAUAGUCGUUACUACACCAGACAUCGAUUACUUUAUCAUGAUCAUUCGUAAAUGCUUUUGGUCCUUGAUCAUUGAUAACAUGAUUAAUGUUGCUCAACACUCUAUACGUACUAGUAUCCUUUCUUUUUUGAAUUUCCCCUUGGAAAGCACCAUCGUAAUUGAAACUUGUCUUAGACUCGCUUCCAAAUGACUUUACAAACUGCUGAAACGGUAAAGUACCAAUCCUUGACCGUUGAGCUCUGAUGCUAUUUGCGCAAGAGAGCAUCUUUCAAUGAGAGAAAUAUUGUAGGUGAAUAACGCAGAGAUCCCCAAUAAAUACAAUCCGACCCGUGAGAUUUUUUCAGGAGCCCAAGAAUCAAGUUUUGAUGAUGCAUUUGAUCAAUUCGCUUACAACAACUUUGAUACCAGAAUUCCUUCUAAAGGCCUAUGUAAUAAAUAGUUUAGAACACCUGUUGAUAAACGUAGCAAGAGAAGAUUUUUUUCUUGCAAAGAUUUUUUUCAUUUCUUUUAUUUUCAUUCUUUUGCUUCCAGUUCUUUCGGUUUUUAACAACCGAAACAUUUUAGGUGUCUAUCCACAAAUUCCCAAAAAUUGAUUUCAUAUCUUUUUAUUUGUUGAAAAAAUAAAGAGAAAAGUUCAGAUGGGACACUCCACGCUAUGUAGAGAUCGAGUCAAAUAUUAGAAGGAAUGCCCAACAAUACGUGAGGUUUCUCAUGUUUUAAGCUGAAACGCGAAAAAUAUUUUUUCCAUUGUUUUUUGUGUCUUUUUUUGCUUUCUUGUUGGGUACAAGUUUAAUUCAACUACUCGAAAGCUACUUCAUGUCCUCGAAACUAUUUUCCAGGGUUCGAUGUAAAGGUUUGCAGGACAAAAUCACAAAGCCUUCUAGCCUGCUUUCAAGCUUUCAAGGUCACCAGACAAUUGGUUGGUCGGGAUUUACUGGAGUUGACUAUCCUUUGCAGACUUUGGAGCCAUUGAUCAACGAGGUCAGGUCUAAUAAAGCAUUUGCUAAACCAAAGUUUGAUUUACGAGUUUGUUCGUCGGGAGGUACAGUAACAGAAUCGGCUUUGUCGGAGCUAGAUAUGGUCUGUAGCCGUUCACCGUACCAAGUAAGCAAGGUGAUCAAUAAAAGUCUAAACAAUGGAAAGAUCGAUUUUCAUGACCACUCCCUUAUUGAUUUUGCGGAACAGCUGACGUCUGGAUACCUGGGUGCAAAGGAUGGAAAGCCUCAGACCCUAGAUAUAGCAAUCGUUGAAGCUACAGAAAUCACUCCAGAAGGAAAUCUCGUUCCAGGAGCUUCCGUAGGCGUGACACCUGAGCUCAUCCAAGUAGCUGACAAACUAGUUGUUGAAAUGAAUACCAAUAGUCCUUCGCUUCGUGGAAUCCAUGACUUGUGUGUGCCUGCUUCUCCUCCUUACCGAAACCCUCUAAAUGUCUGUACUUCUUCCGACCGAAUUGGACAAACAGAGAUUCCUUUAGACCCCAAAAAAGUCAUUGGAAUCGUCGAGGGGUCUCAUGGGAAAUUCCCAAGCCGCACAGAGCCAUCCAAUAGUACUACCAGAGCGAUUUCACAACACAUUAUAGAUUUUUUGAAGAAUGAAACGCAUAGAGGAAGGGUCCCAGAAAAUCUGCACCCGAUCCAGUCUGGUAUCGGUGCCAUUGCAAACUCCGUAAUCGAAGGACUUGGUAAUUCUUCUUUUCGCAACCUUCAAGUUUGGACUGAAGUUUUACAAGAUUCAUUCUUAGACUUAUUAAAAUCAGGUACUGUUCAAUAUGCAUCGUCCAUGUCCCUUCGUUUCUCUCCACAAGAAUUGGAAAACUUUUACAAAAAUUGGGAUUUUUACAAAGAACAUGUGAUACUUCGUCCGCAGGCGAUUACCAAUAGUCCAGAAAUAAUUCGCCGUUUGGGAUGUAUUUCUCUGAAUACCCCAGUGGAAGUUGACUUGUACGGCCAUGUGAAUAGCACCUGCGUCAUGGGAACGCGUAUGCUCAACGGAAUUGGCGGUUCUGGAGAUUUCAUGAGAAAUGCGAAGCUUAGCAUUAUGCAUACUCCAUCUGUCAGACCGACGAAAACGGACCCAAUUGGCAUUUCUACCAUAGUUCCUAAAGUUACACAUGUCGAUCAUACAGAACAUGAUAUCGAUAUUGUUGUCACCGAACAAGGACUAGCUGACCUUCGUGGUCUUUCUCCGAGAGAGAGGGCUAUAGAAAUUAUAGAAAACUGUGCUCAUCCUGUAUACCGUCCCAUCUUGAUGGAUUAUUUCACGUUGGCAGAAUCUGUCUGUCUAAAAGAAAAAAGGGGGCAUGAGCCUCUCCUUUUGGAUAAAGCAUUUAAAAUGCAUACGUCUUUUCUUGAAGAAGGAAGCAUGAAGGUUUCAUCUUGGUAAGCAUAUUUUUGUCUACGCAAUUUCUCUGUAACGAUAUCAUGGAGAUGCAUUGUCAUUGCUUUAUUUUUCAAUUCACCAAAAAUAAAAGUGAGUGUUGAAAAUGAGAAUAGAAUAAAAGAGAAUCUCAUAAGCUAAGAAUUCAUGUCCCAUUGACUGUUUACUAAUCUACUUUCUUUGUCGUUUUUUAAGGUAUCACUACCAUGGUUAGGAGUAUCAAUUAUUUUAUAAAGAACAUAUACUUUCUUUCUUUUAUAUCAUUGAUUUUUUUUUCCUGAUCACUAGUUGAAAGAGGUCGUCCAUUGAUACAAUUCUUGUUCUUGUAGGAAGGUCGCUGGUUUCAGUCUUUUAAAGGACUCUGUAUAAAUAAAAAGUUAAAGGAAAAGAUAUUUUACUAAAUCUUCUACAUUUCUUAUUUUUUAAAUAUUUUAACUUUCAUAGUGCGAUUUGCUUCAUGUUCAAAAAAAUUUUACUAAUACCCCAAUACCUCAUAUACCACAAGCUGAAACGAUUGAGCGCAUGUUCUUUUAG